GACACCAUAAAGGGCACCCAAGAAAGGACGAGGAGCUUUUGCGUCCCAUCAACUUUUGCGGAGGAGGCUGUAUUCUUUCAUUUCGGUAGCAUCUCUCAGCGAAACAUCGUUUAGCUAUAGCACGGCAUCUUGACAACUGCAUCGAGGACUGUCGUCCUCGUUACGUCAAGCCUUCUCCAACAUCGACUCAGCACUCGGAUGACCCACGACCCCAACGGCAGCACGCCAGGACUAUUCACCGAACGCAAUCAACUUACGAGGGCGAACACCUUCCCCUCGGUUGAAUUUUCCAUCCCACCCAGCGAUCCGAUUGAGCAGAUCGUCACGCGAUGCCGUUCACACCCAACUCACUCCUUUUCUGCCCCGGCACGUGGAGAGAAGAAUGAAGCAUACGAAGGUGACGGAGAUGGCAAUUCCGUCGUAUCUCAUCUUACAGAGGUGUCUUAUCCCGAGGGCGGACUACAAGCAUGGCUUGUUGUCUUAGGCAGCUUUUCCGGAUCCUUUGUCGGUUUCGGGAUGAUGAACACGAUUGGCGUGUUCACUCAGUACUUCAGCGAGCAUCAGCUUAAGAGCUACAACGAGAGCACCAUCGGAUGGAUCUUCGGUGUCUAUGUCUUCCUCUCCUUCUUCUGCGGCAUCCAGAUCGGACCUGUCUUCGAUGCGCAUGGCCCACGGAUGUUGGUCAUUGCUGGCAGCAUCUUCGUGUGUGCAUGCAUGUUUCUGCUCGGGAUAUGCACUCUAGAGUACUGGCACUUCAUGAUCGUUUUCGGUGUGCUUGGGGGCAUUGGUACAUCCCUCAUCUUCACGCCAGCCUUCGCAGCAGUGGGUCAUUUCUUCCUCGAAAAGCGUGCCAAUGCAACAGGCAUAGCUGCCGCUGGCGGCUCCUUUGGUGGCAUCAUCUUUCCCCUGUUGCUCCGGCAACUCUUACCCUCCGUCGAAUUCGCAUGGGCGACCCGCAUCCUGGGAUUCAUAUUCGUCUUCUGCUGCGGUCUCGCCAUACUGCUCAUUCGUUCUCGGCUCCCUCCCAAACCCGGCCAGAGCGUCAUGCCCGACUUCACCAUUUUCAAGGACCCGCCAUACUUGCUGCUCACUCUGGGUAUCUACUUCAUGGAAUGGGGCCUCUUUAUACCAAUCACGUACAUCACCUCCUUCUCUGCCUCCAGCGGCGCCCUCUCCACAGCCUUCUCCUACCAACUCGUCGCCAUCUUCAACGCGGGUUCCUGCCUAGGCCGCUGGGCCCCCGGCUACAUGGCUGACAAGCUCGGCCGUUUCAACUCCAUGAUCGGCAUGCUCGCCCUCUGCGCCGCCACGACGGUGACUUUCUGGCUCCCAGCAUCGCUCAUCGCACCCACCGUCGCCGCGGACACGAGCAGCGGCGCUGUCAUCAAAGGCCUCAUCAUCGUCUACGCUGUCAUCUUCGGCUUCGCAUCCGGCAGCAACAUCAGCCUCACCCCCGUCUGCGUCGGGCAGCUCUGCGAGACCAAUCAAUAUGGCAGGUACUAUGCCACGUGCUACACCGUUGUGAGCUUUGGCACGCUGACGGGGAUCCCGAUUGCGGGCGCGCUGAUUCAGGCUGCUGGUGGGCGGUAUUGGGGCGUUGUCGUUUGGACGCUGCUGUGUUAUGUUGUGAGUCUGGGGUGCUUUAUUUGGAGUCGGGGUCUUGCGGUGGGGUGGAAGCUGGGGGUUAAGUUUUGA